AUGAAAAGAAAUAACACCAUGUUGAAAGAAACGCUGUGUAUUCUGGUCGUCUGUCUGGCUGUAGUCAUACCGGAAGUAGCCGGUGAUACGUGCAAGCGCUACACAGUAAACGGAUGUAGUAUCCCCGGCAAUCUUCCCUUUUUCUACAAGAAACGAUUCACGGGCGCUUGUAACAGACACGACGUGUGUUACAAUUGUGGCAAGUCCAGAGGUGUGAGUAGGAAAACCUGCGAUCGUGACUUCCUCUCCAACAUGAAGAAAACGUGUCGUUGGUACCUACCCAACUGUAAAUCGUCUGCCUAUGUGUACUACCUCGCCGUCAGGGCCGGAGGGUCGAAGCGAUACAAGCAGACGUCGGCAUCAUGGUGCGGCGAGAGCUGGGUUUCCGGUUGCAUGAAAUAGGCCAAUCAUUCGGAAGUAUGUCCGUGCAAAGAGGGAGGUAACUCCCAGUUUUGU